GAGACAAACGCAUAAAACCAAAGUGAUGGCUGAGGAGAUGGAGGUCAAAGGUCAGCGCUAUUUCAAGGGUGGACAGAAGAAGGGUCAGAAGCGGCCCGCGCAGGACGGGAUCAAGAGACGGAGACUGGACGCCACGAGCGUGAGCUACUUCCGCCGCGUCAGCGAGCGCCUGAGCGAGGGGUUCACAGAGGACGAAGAGAAAGCUCUGUUUGUGGAGAACGUGCUGUCGGAGGUCAAGGGUCAAGCGGUGCUCGUCUCCAUGGAUAUGACCGGCAGCGUGGCUCUGGAGCGGCUGCUCUCAUUGGCCAGUCCCGCUCAGGUGGCAGGUGUGCUGGCCGAGCUGGGAGGAGAGACGGGGUCAGAGUUCAGAGACGUGUCAUGUGAUCAGUGCGGGGGUCAUGUGAUGGAGAGCGCCCUCAGACAGGCCCACCGCUGGAACGAGGACGACUCUGACGUCACGCAGGAGGACGAGGAGCAUUGUGGGAUGCUGGAGGCUGAGGUGAAGCGUGUGUGUGGAGUGGUCAGAGAGAGUCUGGUGCAGUUCCUGAAGGAUCCGUACGGCUCUCAUGUGCUCCGGACACUCGUCCAGGUUCUGAGCGGAUCCCUGAGCCCAGACGCAGCUGCUGCUCAAACAGGCAAAAAGCAGAAGAAGGCCAAAGCGGAGGUGCUGGAUUUCGAGUUCCCCGUCUCGUUCUGGUGGGAGCUGAAGCAUCUCUCCGAGCGUCUGAUGGAGAACAUUAACGGUAAACAUCUGAACUCGUGUGUGUGUGCGUGUGUGUGUGUGUGCGUGUGUGUGUGUGUGUGUGUGAGUGCUUUUCACUGCAGUGAGCCAGCAUCUCUGCAGGUGUCCUGUCUGCCUCUCUUCCUGUCUUUACUGGCGUAUGAAGUGUACUACAACACAGAGACAGCAGAGGGAGACGCCCUCACACAGGUGCGCCGUCUCUCUGUAUCUUAUCACGGAUCGCGGCUGGUUCAAGCUCUCGCCGGAUUCAAGGAUCGAUCCGUCCUGAUGAACAGCCUUCACGGGUUCGGCUCCGCUGACCUGCUGACCCUCGGCACUGACCGCUCCGGCAGCCACGCGCUCCAGAAGCUGCUGACCGCGGCCAGCGAUAAGGGCAGAGGAAAGAUCUUGAGAAAGCUGGAGGAGCUUUAUGUUCCGCUGGCCUGUUCCAGCUGCGGCAGCCGUCUGUUAGAAGACCGUGUGGGAACAGCGCCACCGUCAGCCCAGAGACAAAGCAUCGCUGAGAAACUCGUCCCCAGUGAAAGUCAGCUUCGAUCCGAUCAGUUCGCACGGCAUAUUUGGGCCAAAUUUGGUCUGACAAACUUCAUGAAGCGACGAGCCGACUGGCAGGAGGUUCAAACGGGAGAGUCGAGAGAAAGAAGAUGUUCAGUGAUAUUCUGCAGUAACUCAGAGAGACUCUAAACAAACUGAUCGGUU